AGCUGAGCUGCUAAAUCACUGGCUCCUGGAAUAUAUAAAACAAGAUCGAGGACUCGAAAGUCCUGGAGGACACACACCGUCCGGGCACGCGCCAUGCGGUGGACCCUGUUUGUGCUGCUCUUGACUGUGCCGAGCCAGAGUGAGGCAGGGCCUCAGCAGGAGAAGGCCUCGGGCUUCCAGCUCUCUCCACAGAGGUCCCCGGAGAGCGGAGGCAGCGCUGCUAUGGCAUCGACCUGCGAGGGGCUCCCCACCGCAGGGGCCACGGCCUGGAUCCUGGCGAAUCGCAGCCUGGAGCGCCUGCCCAGCUGCCUGCCGCGCACGCUGCAGAGCCUCGACUGCAGCCGCAACAAGCUGCUCACCCUGAGCGUGGGCGAUCUCAGCCACCUGCCCGAGCUGCAGCAGCUCACGCUGCACCACAACAGCAUCGCCACGCUGCGCUGGGGCCUCAGAGCGCCGCCCCGGCUGCGCGCCCUGGAUCUCAGCUACAACAGGCUGAACAGGCUGCCGCGGUGCGUCAGGAUCCCGCGGCACAGCCCGAGUGUGCUGGAGCUCGCGGGAAACCCGCUGCAGGAGCUGCCGCCCCGGGCCUUCGUCUGCUUCCCCGCACUGCAGCAGCUCAACCUCUCCUCCACCGAGCUGGGCAGCGGUGCUCAGGGGGGCAUCGCCCCAGCGGCGUUCGUGGGAGGGGCUGGAGAACCCAUGGCCACACUCAAGGUUCUGGACCUCAGCGGCACGCACCUCCAGCAAAUUGAGUCUGGGUGGAUCAGAAACCUGCCAAAUCUCACACAUCUCUACCUGAGGAAGAUGCCAAGGCUGAGGACCCUGGAGGGAGAUGUUUUCAAGAUGACCCCCAACCUGCAGCAGCUGGAUUGCCACAACUCCCCUGCGCUGACUUCUGUCCACACACACAUCUUCCAGGACACCCCUUCUCUAGAGAGCCUUCUGUUCCACAACUGCAACUUGAGUUCCUUCCCUCCUUGGACCAUGAAUUCCUCCCAGGUGCUGUCUGUUACCCUCUUUGGAAACCCUCUCCUUUGCAGCUGUGAGUUAUCCUGGCUCUUUCUGGAUGCCACGAGAACUGUCAUAAGCAGGGCAGCAGACACGAUGUGCUCACCAGCAGCAGGAUCCAGGGGCCCCUUCUCAGGACCUCUUCCCCUCUCCCAGCUGUCAGGUGUGUGCAGGUCGGACCAAAGCACCAACCUGGCUCCAAACCAGCCUGAAGGAGGCCAGCCAGGUGUCACCGAAGGCUCUUCCCACUUGACUCCUUCAGCCAGCGGGAUUCCCAUCAUCCUGUUGGAUGACGACAGCCAGGAGGAGAGGGCCAGGGAGGAGGUGGAUGUGCCCCUCGGGCGUGGCCGCUGCGAUUAUAACCUGUGCAGGCACCUGCAGACCCCGUGCGUGGAGCUGCAGAAGCACUCGCGUUGCACCUGCCCGGGCCUCAGCAGGGAGGACACUGUCCCGGACCCGCCCCAGCUACAAGGGGUGUCGGAGGUGACUGACACAUCGAUGCUCAUCAGCUGGUGCGCCCCCUACUCUGUGGUGCGCACCUACGAGAUCCACUACUCCAUGGAGGGCGAUCCGAGGAACCAGUCAGUGAGAGAAAUCUAUGCCACCGCCCGACAGCACCCUCUGUAUGGGCUGUCACCAGGGGCCACCUACCACGUGUGCGUGGUGGCAGCCAACGCUGCAGGCCUGAGCCAGCUGGAGCCCAUGGGCUGGAGGAGGCCGUGCACCACCAUCACCACCAAGCCCAGCUCAGUGGUCAUCCUCCUGGCACUGAGUACCUCCUGCGGCUUGCUGAUCCUCAGCACCCUGGUGCUGUCCGUGUGCCUCUGCAGGAGAGGCCAGAAGCUGUGUGGGCAGAACCACGACACCUACCUGGUGUCCUUCAAAAACCCAUACCAGAUGCCCCACGAAAGCCCCAGCCAGGACUGCAGGCAGAGUGCAGCGAUAGGGGUCUUGCCUGCUGUGUGUGAGGCCCCAGGUUCCGUCCCCAGCACCACACACAGACAAGCGGAACCAGCCUUUGAUCCCAUGAAGCUGCAAGCCUUCUAUUAGUCUGCUUUCUCCUUCCAGGGGAGCUGAUCUCUGUCCAGAAAGAACAGAAGGCCCCAGAUGGCCCUGUCAGGUCCGAUUCUGAGGCCAGCACACCUCAGGAAUGUGCUGUGUCUCUGUCCAAGGACUGAGGGCUUCCCCUUCCUUCUCCGCUGUCCCUGAUGGUCAGUCAACGCCAAGCCAC